AUGCACAAGAACAACCUUACUCACGAUGGUAAAGUGCUCCUUCUUCGUGGCCAUUUUCGUCAAUGUUUAUCGGUCGUCCAACACGGAAACAGGGUGACAGUGCUGGAAGUCACUAUCCGAAACAACGACACUUGGCCUCAGUUUCACCAACUUCGUCUGACUCAAAAUAUGCGUACCGUGGCCGGCAGUCAAGACUACGCCGAUUGGCUCAUUCAGUUUGGAAACGGGGUUCUACCGACGUAUCCAAAACUGAACAUCCCCGAUAUAAAUGAAAUUCCUAAAGAAUUUUUCAAUUAUAACCGGAGUUUAGUCGAGCACGUCUUUGGCGAUCCAGCUAACGGUGAUUGCUUACGAAUCAACAAUCAGAUCAUCAAAGACAUGCCCGGUACGCUUCAUGAGUACAGAAGCAUCGAUACCAUCGACUCUGACGACCCUGAAGAAAUUUCAAAUUACCCAACCAAAGUUCUCAACUCCUUCGACGUCUCCGAAAUUCCCACCCAUUUGUUGAAAAUGAAAGUGGGAGCCGUCAUCAUUCUUCUUAAGAAUAUCGAUUCGCGUCAGGGACUUUGCAAUGGAACCCGUCUCAUCAUCAGGGUGCUCAGAGAAAAUCUGAUCGUUGCAGAAAUUGUUGCUGGAAAAAACAGGGGCACAUCGUCUACAUCCCGCGGAUGA